AUGUCAAUGGAGGGUUUAGGUCAUGAGUAUUUUGAAGAGCUAAAGUCAAGGUCGUUUUUUCAACAUUCAACGAUUGACGAAUUAGGAUUUACAAUGCAUGACCUGAUAAAUGACUUGGCCACAAGUGUUGCAGGAGAGUUUUUCUUUAGAUUGGAUGAUAAGAUGGAUGCAUACGAAAAGCAUGAAACUUUUGAGAAAUUUCGACACUUUUCACUUAUAGGUCCAAGAUCCGGAUCAUAUAAAAAGCUCAAGGAAUUUAAAAGAGCUCGACGCCUACGCACUUUCUCACUAUUAUCAUUUCGUUGGCAAAGUUACCACUUAUUAGACAGUAUUCUUGUCGAAUUACUUCCUGAACUACAUUUGUUAAGGGUACUAAGCUUAUCAACUCAGAUCAUCACACAGGUACCACAAUCUAUUGGUGGUCUCAAGCAUCUUCGGUACCUCAAUUUUUCUUAUACAUCAAUUACAUGUUUACCAGAACAAGUGAGUGACCUUUAUAAUCUACAGACCUUGUUGAUUCAUGAUUGUUACGAGUUAUCUAGCUUGCCAAAAAGUUUUCAAAAGUUAAUAAACCUACGACAUCUUGACAUAGGUCGUACUCCAAAAGUGAAAAAGAUGCCAUUAGGGAUUGGUGGGUUGAAGAGUCUUCAAACUCUAUCAAAGGUAGUUAUUUCAGCGGCUAACGGGUUCAAAAUAUAUGAGCUUAAGGGCCUAUCAGAUAUUCAAGGUCGAGUUUCCAUUAUGGGGCUAGAAAAAGUGAUUAAUCCAAUUCAAGCAAAGGAUGCCAACUUACAUCAGAAGAUGGGUCUUGAUGUUUUGGAGAUGGAAUGGAGUGACGUGUUUGAUAAUUCUCGGAAUGAGAUGAUUGAAUAUGAAGUACUUAAAGGUCUAAUUCCUCAUCAUAAGGUUAGAAACCUGAAAAUAUUGUUCUACAGAGGAACAAGAUUCCCUAGUUGGGUUGGUGAUCCCUCGUUUGAUCGGUUAACAGAGAUUACAUUACGUGGUUGUAGAACUACACAUUUACCAACACUUGGACAUCUACGUUCACUUAGGAAAUUGUUUAUUGAAAGAAUGCAUGAAGUUAAAACUGUGGGUAUGGAGUUACUUUCACCUAAAACUUCUUUCCUUGGUGUUGCAUUUCCUUCACUUGAAGUAUUGAAAUUUGACGAUAUGCAAGGUUGGCAUAGUUGGUCAACUAAUGGGGGUGAAAGCAAUGGAAUUAGUAGAUCAUUUCCUCGUCUUGUUGAGAUUUCUAUUAUCCGUUGUCCGAAACUAGCUCAAGUGUCAAUUGGAAUGAUUCCAUCACUUACAAUUUUACAUAUAGAAGAAUGUUCUGAAACUGUAUUACGAAGCAUGGUUGGUGUCUCUUCAUCAGUUGUUGAGAGGUUGAUGAUCAAUGGUUGUGACACAGUGGAGAGUUACAACUGUCCUGUCAAUGUUGAGAGGUUGGUGAUAAGUUGUUGUGAUUCGGUGACUUCCUUGACCUUCUCACAAGUGCAAGAGCUUCCUUCCUCUCUCCCUGAAACAGUAACCAGUAAUUGUGAUAACAUUGAACCCAUUCCAAAGAGUGGUUUGGGUUUUCUUCCUGUGUUUUGCCUAAGAGCUCUUCAAAUCAAUAAUUGCAAGAAUCUGAAGUCAUUUCCUCAUGAGCAUUUGCAAUGUUUCACAUCUUUGGAACAACUGUGGAUAUAUGAUUGUCCAAGUAUGGAGUAUUCCUUUCCUUGUGGGUUGUGGCCACCUAAUUUAAGUACCCUAGGAGUAGUUUCAUUUACAGUGGCAGAAGAUAUACGGAAUACUACUACUUCAUCAUCUUUUGAACUUCCACAAUUUCUAACUUUUCUAACACUAGUUGAUUUUAUGGAUGUGAAAUCGCUUUCAGAGGUCUUACAAGACCUUACGUGCCUUAAACUAAAAAAAGAAUUAUCAAAGCACAAUCAAGGUGGCAGAAGGGUGAUUGAUAGCUUUCAAGGACAGUGAACCUUAUUUUUGUGGCGAUGGACUUUUAACCGCCAAUGGAGAAGCAUUCAAAAGUCUUCACAGUUGUGUGUUUUGUUGGACCCACUGAUUGGUAUCUAUAUUUUCGAUCUUUUGUGUCAUAGAUGAG